UAUGUAGUGUAGUGAGACAAAAUUAAAAAGCGCAAAGCAGGGACAAACCGCUUUCGGCUUCGUGGGGGCGUCCCUUAAAAACUCACCACUCUUACCAUAACUAACACAAAAUAAAAAACACACACACCUGUAAAAGCUGAAGCAGUAGUAGUAUCUAUCUGUAGCGCCAUUACAGAUUUUACACACACAUCCCUCAAACCCUAAAAAAAACCCCCCAAAAUCCCAAUCCCUAAAUUGAAGUAGAAGAAGGAGAAAAUGGAUAUAGAGCAAAAGCAAGCGGACCUGAUCGAGCAGUUCGUGAAGCAAGCUUCGUCUCUCCAUGGCUCCGCACUCGCUCCACUCGUCGCCGAAGCCACCUCUCACCCUUCCCUCUUCGCCUUCUCCGAGAUUCUAUCCGUCCCUUCCGUCCUACAGCUUGGAGGAACAGAAAAUUCUGUAUACCUUGAUGUUCUUCGUUUAUUCGCACACGGCACUUGGAGUGAUUACAAAAGUAAUGCUGGCCGUCUUCCGCAAUUGGUUCCUGAACAAGUCCUCAAGCUGAAACAACUUACUGUGCUUACACUGGCUGAGACGAACAAGGUUCUACCUUAUGAUCAACUAAUGCAGGAGUUAGAUGUUAUGAAUGUACGUGAACUUGAAGAUUUCCUAAUCAAUGAAUGCAUGUAUGCGGGCAUAGUCAGAGGGAAGCUGGAUCAGCUGCGAAGAUGCUUUGAGGUUCAAUUUGCAGCGGGGAGGGAUCUGAGACCUGGUCAACUUGGGAGCAUGAUACAAACAUUGUCAAACUGGUUGGCUACGUCAGACAAUCUACUUAUCUCAAUUCAAGAAAAGAUUAAAUGGGCUGAUUCUAUGAGUGAGUUGGAUAAGAAACACCGAAAGGAGGUUGAAGAUAGGGUGGAAGAUGUAAAGAAGUCCAUUUCACUCAAGAAGUUACAAACUGUAAGCAGGCCGACAUUGACUUCCGAGGGCAUGAGGAGAUCUACUCUGAACCUGGUGGAGUGAUGGACUAUGAGGAAGACCGAAGUCGUCCGAAGAGGAGGCGGCAUCCAAUAGGUUGAAGACAUGCAGGGAGUGUAGCUCAUUGGAUUGGUGUUUAGGUUACUUGCCCGAUCUUUUUUGUUCAUUGCAUUCCAGCAACAGAUGAUUCUGCUUUUGGGGACAGUCCUUUGAUGGUGAAAAUGUCACUGUUGCUUUAGAUAUAUAUUUUGAAAAUCAUUAGCUUGUAUUCCCGAGUUGGUGAGAACAGGAUUGGAUUUGAUGGUGCGGCUAAAAACUAUUUAUUUAAUUAGAUAAUUGUAAUUUGCUUUGUGUUAUUUGAUGUCGCUAUUGAAUCUCGUCUUGUGAAGAAAACAGCUGCCUAUAUUAGAUUCA